AUGCCGCGAAGCUUCACCGCGCCGAGUGGACCGGUCGCUGCAGGCCCGAUUUCUUCGUCGCCGAUCCGGCGACGUCCUAGCAGUAGAAAACACCAACGUCCGGAACCCAACAAACUCCAGCGCCGCAUACGCACAUACAGUUUUGAGUCGGGCCGCGCCGACAACUUGGAGAUUGGCAACGCUGGUACCUGGAAGGGCGCGGCGCGUCGCAAGCCAUCUAUCCCUUCGCCACCUCACGCUAAUGGCGGCCCGCUCAAUGGCUCAGCGACUGACGGCAUUGGCGGCAAUACCGCCCAAAUCGAGCGCAAUCCAACACUGCACCAUUCCAACAGCAAACGCGAUGGGCGUCAACGUAUGUCGCGAACGAAAAGCAGCAGGAGGCGUAAAAAUGCGGACGACCGCGCGCGCGAGGCCAAGAUCAAGGCCUUGAGCAAUCCCAGCAACGCCAACGACAACUGUGACUUUACACCCACGCGGCCUGCAGCAGAAUCGUGGACCGCCGGCCGUCCUAUGAAGCGAGAAACAAUGAGGGUUGCCCAUCCCAACAGCGUUGCCGCCCGAUAUGCUCGAAAGCUUCCGAGCGAUAUCUCAUUGCCCAUGGCCGAGUCCAUCGAUUCGGCCAUGUCAUCCGACUCCGACCAGGUUGCCUUUGUUAUUUCGCCUUUUGCUGCUUUGGCACCAAAGCCGACUUUACGCUACGCCUCGCAACCCAGGGCCAGCGCACCAGGCAACGGUGGCGGCUAUUUUCCUGCGCGCAGUAUUUCACAAAAGAGAAAGCUUUCGAAACCGAUUCCCGAAGCGACGCUAACGGCGCACAAGCGCGUUGACGAUCUAGCGAACGAUAUGAACGCUAGCGACCUGCGAGAACUAAUGGAGAGAGAUGCGCGGCGAAGAGACCGGAGACGAGUCCAGGAUGAAGAAAGGGCUGCGCGCCGACUAGCUCGACAGGCCGAGAAGCACCGUCUGCAGCAAGGGCAUUUGCAGUCUGAGCAACCAGCUGGCGCAAACUCUGCGCGCCCACUUGCGCCGGCGCCGCGGUCAUCGCCCGAAUUGGCCCGUGGUGUGCUUGGCCGUGAAGCAGUUGGACUUGGACCCGGCACUACCUCCGCCGUCGUGACGUCCGCCGUUCGACGCGAGUCUCCCACUCCACCCCCGUCCACACCUUCGGGACGAAACUCGAUAAUGCUCGAAGAGCGGCCCGAGCGCGACAUUGAUGACCCGCUUCCGCAGGACCUGCGCGGCGAUUACUCCACGCCGUCUGCUGCUGAUCGCCAGGACGGGGCCGAUUUGCCAGCUGUCAACAGUGGUUUGAGCCCCCAGAAUCACCCCCGGAAUUGA